AACGACUUGUCUUUAAAAUUGAUAUUUAUCACGACCAUAAACUAUCGGAUGGCAUGGAACUCAAAAAUUAUUUGUGCAACUGCUUUCGACCGAACCAUCUUCUUGGAACUCGCGUGGGAGUGCAGACAAGCAUAUAAAAAGCAGCAUUCUGACCUUCAAUGCUAGAACAUAUAACCUUUCAUCAUGACUUGGAAUGUUGCCCGCGAAUGGGACGAUUCGAAGAUCGUUGGAAUCAACCGCCUACCCGCUAGAGCAAAGUCUUUUCCCGAAGCCAACCCUAAAGUGGCUGUCGAACGUAUCACUGGUAGAGACCAACAAUACCCGUUGAACGAUAUCAACUGCGCUGAAAAGGUCCACUCACUCAAUGGAUUCUGGGACUUCAAGCUCUAUCCUAACCCUCAGUCCGUCGAACCUCACUGGUUCAAAAAAGAAGCAAGCGAAUUCUGCAAAAUACCAGUUCCUUCUAAUUGGGAGAUGGUCGGUCAUGAUAUACCCCGCUAUACCAAUGUAGUCUAUCCUUUUGAGAUCGUAAACCUUCCCCACGCUCCCGAAAACGAUAACCCUAUUGGAUGCUACAAGCGCAAGGUGGCUAUUCCCGAGAGCUGGAGGGUCUCGGACGGUAAGGAUCGUGUGAUCUUGCAUUUUGCUGGUGUCAAGUCUUGCAUCUACUUGUGGGUCAACGACCAGUUCAUUGGCUUCUCCAAAGACUCUAUGACCGCUGCAGAAUUCGAUAUCACCGAGAGCCUGAAGGCAGGUGAGGAGAACGUUAUCGCUGCUCAGGUAUUCAGAUGGUGUGAUGGCAGCUAUCUUGAAGAUCAAGAUUUCUGGGAUUUGUCGGGCAUCUAUCGAGAUGUUAUUUUGUUCUGUUCUCCAGCAGAAGAAGGCUACUUGACCGACGUACAAGUGGAUGGGUUCGCUGAUGGAACUCUAAAAGUUCGUACACAACUGUACCGUAACUCUGCCCCCUCUGAACUUACUGUGCGCUUGACAUUAAGUGAACUAUUCAAUAACAAAUCAACCGUCCUCUCCGAGUCGUAUCCAGUACAAUCUCUUCUUCAAUCCAAAAUCCAGACUGAAGAAGACAAGACCUAUGAACUUACUGAGAUCGUCAAGACCAUUGAAAACAUUCAACAAUGGACCGGCGAAACUCCUUUCUUGUAUAGCUUCACUAUUGAGCUUCUCAAGGGCGAAGAAUUGUUGGAUUGUAGAGCCUGGAGAGUUGGUUUCCGCACUGUCUGCAUCAGUGAAAACCAUCAAAUUUGCAUCAAUGGGCAGCCAGUUGUUUUCAGAGGUGUUAACCGCCAUGAGCACAAUGCAUGGAGAGGUAGAUAUUUGACUGAAAAGGACAUGUUGGAGGAUAUCCGUCUUUUCCAGCAAUACAACGUAAACUCUGUCAGAACCUGCCAUUACCCCAACCAUCCUAGAUGGUAUGAACUUUGCGACGAAUAUGGUAUUUACGUUAUGGAUGAAGUUAACAUCGAAACUCAUGGACUUGGACCUUUGGGUGACUGGGAUCUGAUCUCCAACGAUGCAGAAUGGAAGGACAGCUAUGUCGACCGCACCAUCCGGAUGGUUCAACGUGAUAGAAACUUCCCCUCUAUUAUCAUCUGGUCUUUGGGUAACGAAGCUGGCUAUGGUCAAAACCAAGAAGCUCAGUAUGCUUGGAUAAAAGCCUCUGAUAUUAGUGGAAGACCCGUUCACUAUGAAGGACGUCCACCGGAUGCCUCUGGAGCCUUCCCUGAUAGAAUUAACGGCGUAAAGAACCUCCACAAGUACAGCAAUUUCGAUAUCAACUCCAACAUGUACUACUCACCUCGAGAAGUCCUUACGGCCACCAUUGAAGACCCCGUUCGUCCCGUAGUCUCUGUUGAAUUUGCUCACGCCAUGGGCAACGGAACUGGUAACUUUAAGGAAUAUGUUGAACUAUGGUAUGAAAAUCCAAGAACACAGGGAGGCUGGAUCUGGGAUUGGGUUGAUCAAGGUAUUGCUCUGGAAGUGAGAGAAAAGAACCCUGGACAUAAGUAUCAUCAUCCCAAUCCUGAUGUUACUCACGACAUCUCGAAGGGUAAUGGAUGCUGGCUCUAUGGCGGUGACUUUGGAGAAAUGCCUAACGAUGCAGACUUUUGUAUUAACGGUAUGAUUGCUCCUGACCGUGUGCCUCACCCUGGAUGUCAUGAAAUGAAGCUUUGCUAUUCUCCUAUUGCCUUGAAACUCGUCCAAGCCGAACUUCAUUACACUAUGGUUGAAGUGAACAAUCGUUUCGAUUUCACAACUGACUUGAGCAAGAAGUUCCAAGUUGUAUGGAGCGUCGUGGACGAAACUGGUCAUCAAGUUACGUCUGGCACUGUUGGCCUGCCUUCCAAUCUACUUCCACGCAACAAGCAACAUCUUCUUAUCAACCACGCUGAUGCCAAGUCAUACCUCUACAAAAAGAAAUGGGAUACUCCCAAACAACUCUUUGUCAAUGUCCACAUCGUAUAUACAGCUAAUAGCCAAUUUGUAUCCGAAGGCUCUGAACUUGCUGGCUGGCAAUUUGAGAUUCCUUUGCAAGAACCAGGUGGUAUCAUCCGCAAUGCAUUAUACAAUCCUAUUGAUGCAGGAACCCCCACAUAUGGACAAAUCAAAAAUUCUGAUACUGAAGUCAUCUUGGAGGGCGAAGAUAAGAACACUUUAGUUACCUUUGACAAGUCCACUGGCAACCUCACUUCCUUUGUCGUGAACGGAGAAUCUUUACUCAUUGAAGGACCUUCACCUUGCUUUUGGAGAGCGCCGACUGGUAACGAUGAAGCGUGUGGCGAAAAGAGCUAUGCUACCUUCUGGAGAAAGGCGGGCUUGGACAAAUUGAAAGCACAAGAUAUCUCCGUUGUCGCUCGUACACCUGGUACCGUCCGUGUCACUGGUUCACUCCCUCUCGCAGACCCCGCUGGCACGAUUGAAUACACUAUGGACUACACCCUUGAUGCCAAGACCUCAGAGUUGUAUUGUUCUGUAGCAUACAAUGUUAACUACGACAGAGAUAGCAAUAGGUAUCAAGAGCUUACCUUCCCUCGUGUUGGUGUCAGUCUCAAGCUUCCCACCUCCUCCUCUACUAAAUUCCGCUACGCUGGCCGUGGUCCAUUCGAGAACUACUCAGACAGGAAGGACUCAGCAUUCAACGGUAUCUAUGAAGUGGAUAUUGCUUCCGACGAAGUCCCAUAUGUCAGACCUCAGUCUUACGGUAACCGUGAAGAUGUUCGAUGGAUUCAGGUUACUAAUAGCGCAUCAGGUAUUCGAGCUACUGCGACGCAAAGUACUACGUUUUCUGCCUCUGUUCAACCCUACAGCCAAGAAAACCUCACUUCUGCACAGCAUCUUGACGAGCUUAAAGUGGAUGACUGCGUACAUUUGUACAUCGAUGCGGCCCAUUCUGGUGUUGGAGGUGAUGACACAUGGAACAGACGUAUACAUAAGCAAUACUUGGUUGAGGGCUCAACCUAUGGUCUUCAUUUCAAGCUCUCAAAGGUUUAAAACAGAACCGUGGGUGCUUGGAGGGAGGGAGUGUCUAUAUUUUCGAUAAAUAAAGUGUCUAGUACCUUCAAAAAGAUGUGCAAGCGUACUUUUUGCUGUGGUUUCGACUUGAGCAAUGAUCUGUGAGAAUGAUUUCUCGAAGCAAUAUCUACUUUCUUUAUUUCUUCUUUUCCCCUUACUUGAAAGAGAGCCGUCGAUAACUUGAAAAUACACAUCAGUCAAUAAACUCGCUGAAAUGCCUCUGAGCAAUUUCACCUGAGUUUUGCGCUUUACUGCUAACUACGGUAAAUGUCAACUAGCUAACUUCCUUUGACAAUCCAGCAAUUUCG